UUUCAAACUAUGAAUCCAAUAACCACAUGACUAUGGCGCUCCGACGACCACAUCGGAAAUCUCGCCACGGCUGCGUGGAAUGUAAGAGGCGCCGAGUGAAGUGCGACGAGUCCCGACCAUCUUGCAACAACUGCGCCCAUCGCCACACCGAGUGUGAGUACGGGUCGUCAUCAUCUCUACUGUGGGCAAAUGAUGGGUCCGAUAGCGGACAGACAGGCGAGCCCGUAUCGGGCCUUCGUUCACCCUCGAGUCAAACCACAGGCGCGGCGGCCGCAGAGUCCCUCGGAAUCCUGACCCAACUCAGCAGCGAAAAUGCCACAACCCCAGCCGGGUCCGCACUGAACCUCAACGACCUAGAGCUGAUGAUACAGUGGUGCGACACGACCUUCCAAACACUGUCGCGCAAUGAGCGCACCGAUCCAAUCUGGCGCACCAUCGUGCCCGAAGAGGCCCUCUCGCACCCAUUCCUGAUGCACGGCAUUCUGGCCCUGUCAUCGCUUCAUCUUGCUCGAACAGGACCGGAACCGACCCGUCGAGGGUCAUAUCUUAAUCGUGCUGUCGCGCACCAGAAUCAAGCGCUGGCGCUGUUCCGGGAGAUGCUGGGUGACGUGAAUGAGAGUAAUGCCAAGGCGAUGUUUGCUUUUGCGGGAAUCGUGGUUAUCUACACGUUUGCAUUCCCGCAUACGCCCGGCCCACAGGAUCCGUGGGAAUGCGUCGAUGACCUGUACCAGGUUCUUGUUUUGACUCGCGGUGUGCAGCAAGUUAUCUAUGCCCCGCGGGAUUUUACGAGUUUCCUAGUGGACAGUUCUUUCGGUCCGAUUUUGCAGAUCGAGGAGACCCAGGGUGUGAUGCCCACGGACACGAUUGCUAUGCUGAAACAACUACGCGAGGCGAACAAAGCCUGCGGGGCGCGAGAUCCGAAUCAUGAACUUCAGGUUUACGAAGGGUCUAUUGCAAAUCUCGAGGAAAUGCUCAGUUGGUGCUACAGCGGGAUGAGAGCAAAUACGAUUGCCGGGAAGUGGGCGAUCCGCUUGAAGCCUCGGUUUAUGGAGUUGCUGCGCGAACGAGACCCUUUGGCACUCGUUAUGCUAGCGCACUAUGGCGUGCUCUUGCAAUAUUUGAAGCAUCGCUGGUGCUUUGACGAGUGGUGUGUGAGGGUCUCCAAAGCCGUGUGGGCAAUAUUGGACGAUCAGUGGAGGCCGCUGAUCCAGUGGGCCAUGAAAGAGAUCCUUGGUGUUAACUUUUUGGAACAGGUUGGGAGUUGA